GAAGCUCCUCCUCCUUCCUCUUCCUGCCCACACCAGGAAUUUAACUUUCGUUUCUCACUGAACUUCUUAAGAGGAACUAUUUCAUGGAGGCCAAGCCCCUGAUUUGGUGAGUGAAUCUGGACCACGCACUCCCCUGGCCUUUCUUCACCACUUCCACCUGGACUCACAACUCUUGCUCAGGUCGAAAGCCAUCUAGGAGUCUUUGUGCAAGAAGAGCUUCAAUGUCAGGAAGAAGCCAAGGAAGCAGUGCGAUGGCUUCAAAAAUCCUAGUGAGCCUUGAGGAGGAGGUGACCUGCCCCAUCUGCCAGGAGCUCUUGACAGAACCCCUGAGUCUAGACUGUGGCCACAGCUUCUGCCAAGCCUGCAUCACUGCCCACAACAAUGAGGCAGUAAUUGGCCCAGAAGGGGAAAGCAGUUGUCCUGUUUGUGGGAUCAGGUACCUGCUUGGGAAACUAUGGACUAAUCAGCAUCUGUCCAACAUAGUAGAGAGACUCAAGAAGGUAAAACUGACCCCAGAGGAAGAGCAGAAGAGAGAACUCUGUGUGCACCAUAGAGAGAAGUGCCUGUUUUUCUGUAAGGAAGAUGGAAGGAUCAUUUGCUGGCUUUGUAGAUGGUCUCAGGAACACCGUGGUCACCACACAUUCCUCAUGGAGAAUGUAGUCAAGGAAUGUCAGGAGAAACUACAUGCAGCUCUUGAGAGGCUGAGGAAGGAGCAGCAGGAAGCUGAGAAGUGGCAAGCUGUCAUCAGAGAAGAGAGAGCUUCUUGGAAGAAUCAGAUACAGACUGAGAGACAAAGGAUACAAGCAGAGUUUAAUCACCUCAGAGGCAUCCUGGACAGUGAGGAGCUGAGAGAGCUGCAAAAGUUGGAGGAAGAGGAGAGGAAGGUGCUGGAUAACUUGGCAGAGACUGAAGAUGAGCUGGUCCAGCAGAGCCAGUUGGUAAGAGAGCUUAUCUCAGAUCUGGAACUUCGGUGUCAGUGGUCAACAGUGGAGCUGCUGCAGGACAUGAGUGGCAUCAUGAAAUGGUGUGAAAUUUGGACACUAAAGAAGCCAAAAACUGUUCCCAAGAAACCGAAGCAUAUAUUCCGAGCCCCAGAUCUGAGCGGGAUGCUGCAAGUAUUUAAGGAGCUAACAGAUGCCCAACACUACUGGGUGGACAUCACACUGAAUCCAGUCAACCUAAAUUUGAGUCUUGUCCUUUCAGAAGAUCAGAGACAAGUGAUGUCUGUGCCCAUUUGGCCUGUUGAGUAUUAUAAUUAUGGAAUCUUGGGCUCUCAAUAUUUCUCCUCAGGGAAACAUUACUGGGAGGUAGAUGUGUCUGAGAAAACUGCCUGGAUCCUGGGUGUAUACUGUAGAACAUUUUCCCGCAAUAUAAAGUUUGGUAUUAGACGAGAUACAAACCAUCAAAAUGUUUACUCCAGAUACAGACCUCAGUAUGGCUACUGGGUUAUAGGGUUACGGAAUCAAUUUGAGUAUAAUGCUUUUGAGGACUCUUCCCCCUCAGGUCCUCAGGUCUUGACUCUCUCCAUGCCUGUUCCUCCCCGUCGUGUUGGGAUUUUUCUAGACUUUGAGGCUGGCACUGUCUCAUUUUUCAAUGUCACAAACCACGGGUUCCUCAUCUACAAAUUUUUUAAAUGUUGCUUUUCUCAGAAAAUUUUUCCAUAUUUCAAUCCUUGGAACUGUCCAGGCCCUGUGAGCCUUUGCCCGCCGAGCUCUUGAGCUUUCUUAUACCCUUAUCCACUCUCUGUAGUUCUUCUUGUCCUGGGGCUUAGCUCCUGCACCUGAGCUCAUCAGUACCAUUUGGCUGUCUCUUCCUUGCUGUCUGUCUUUCUUCCUUCAGGACUUUUACUCAUUCUUGGGGUAUACAGUGUAUCUGUUUGAGGUAGGAGAGUUGCUUUUUUACCCUCUUUCAGAUUCGCAAAGAAAAACAUCUAAUCCCCACUAUAAACAGAGGACGGCUGGCAUAACAUCCUCGUCCUCCCAUUUCUCCAUAUUUCCUUUAUCACUGCUCUGAAGACACAUGGUAAAGCCUGUGAGCCACCAUCCGUGUCAUAUAGGACAGUCCGUAGGAAUCCUCCCCCCUACACUUGCACACACACAACUACAGAGUCUUUGAGUAUAUAUUUGCUUAUUGUCCAGGAUGUUCCAUGUUCUUCAGGGAACUAAAGAGAGGGGAGCAUAGCAGUAUAUGUACCAAGAGUGGAGAUUUUGUGUCCAGAAUAUUUGAGUUCAAAUUUUGUCUCUUCUUUUAUAUGCUAUGUAAUGGUGAAUAAAUUAUUUAGCAUUUCUGGGCUUAUGUUUCCUAAAAGACAACUUGAGCUUAAAUAUGGAACCUAACUCUUAGGAUCAUUGUGAGAAACUAAAUGUUACUAAAUGUAAUGGUGCAAACAGUUAACACACUAAGCUGCUAACUGAAAGGUUGGUGGUUCAAGUCCACCCAGAGGCACCUCGGAAGAAAGGCCUGGCAAUCUACUUCUGAAAAAGCAACUGUUGAAGACCCUCUGGAGCACAGUUCUACUCUAACACACAUGGAGUUGUCAUGGAUCAGAGUCAACUUGAUGACAACUGAUACAGAUAUCUAAGUGCCCUAUAAAUAAAUAUUUAGUUUCAUGAUUACUGAAAAAUACAAGCUGUGUUAAUGUCCUAUGCGACAAGUUUGUGCCUUUCAAGGGAAAUGAUAGUUGUCUCUGCUGAAACCUCAUUUUUUAAGUUCCCAGACUCCACUGUCAAGACCACUCCAGCUCUUAUUUUACAGAAUUUUUUAUUCCGAGACUGAGUCUGUUUUUCGGGCCCUUUAUUGUGAAUGGGUCAGGAAACUGCAAACAUAUGUAUUUCCAUAAUCUGUCCAGUAAAAGAAGUCAUGUCUAGAGACAACCUUCCUUACGAGGGACAGCUGUUUGACGUUCAGGCCUUUUCCUUGUGUUAAACAUCGUACUUGCCACCUGAACUUUUCUUCUUCUUCUUCUUUUAUUUUUUUUUUUUACGAUUUUCAACAUCAGGAUGAGGAAUACAUCUGCCUGUGAUAACAAAGGCACAAACUUUUCUUGGAAAGGUAUUCAUUAUAAAUUAGGGCAGUCUGUGCCACUGCACAGAGCCCACAUCAAGGUUUUUAGGGCUGUAGAGAUAGAGGGUUGAUAACUUGCCCCAGUGGAAUGAGAAAGAAAAUGCUUGGCCUGGGAAUAGUAUAUACAGACAUAUACAGACACACACACCACACACACAUAUAAUUAUGUGUAUAAAUAUACAUAUGUAGAUUAUCUUUGUCCCAGUUAAUCUUCAAAAAUAUAUGAAAAAGCAAUUCAUAUCAGGCAGUUAAAGGAAUAUAUAAACUUAUGAGAUCUUUUCCAAGGUCCCACUACUAAAUGAGUGAAGGAGGCAGGAUUAGAACUGGUUCUGUGUUUCUCCAGCACAAGUAUCCUCUCCUCUACACCACACCUCCAGAGAGAAAGUAGGAGCCAGAUUCUCUAGGAUGUGAGAUAAGAGGGAGACCCCAGGAGAUGCUGAUUUUCAGGAGAAACCUGGAACAUCAUAGAGGAACCUUAAUACCAAGAAGUAUAGAUUGAUGUGCUCCAUCCAUGUAUCCACAAAUGAGCAGGAGCGCAUCAUGGUAAUGGCUAAAACUAAGUUUAACCACUUCAUGAUCAAAAUUCUCUUGCUGGUGAUAUGAUGUAGACGGUGAAUACUGUGGACAGCUAGGACCCAGGACUUUAGACAGAAUUUUAUUAUCACCCUGAUGUUGCUACUUACUGGCCCUUACUAAAUUAACUAAUUUAGAGGAUUCCAUUUCUCAUUAGAAAUAAAAAUACUGACAGUUACCUGAUAGGGAUAUUGUGAGAAUUAAAUAAUAGAAUGUUUUAAUAAUUUUCUCAUUUACUAACACAUAAGCACUGAUCCAGAGUUGUAUCUGUUUUAUUCUGGCUUCCUUCUGCGAUUUGAUAAAAUUAAUGUUAAGAAUGUAAAUUAAUUUACUUUAAAUAUUAAUAUCAUUGCUUUUGUUCUAAGAAAUACAAUAAUUUGAUUAAAAAAAUCACAAAUAAUUUUUAAAUUUCA